AUGAUUGUGGACUUCAGGAAGAGCACUGUCCCCCCGCCCCCACCCUCCGUGAUGGACUCCCCCAUCACCUCUGUGGAGUCCUUCCGUUUCCUGGGCACCACCAUCACCCAGUACCUCAAGUGGGAGCCGACCAUCAGCUCCCUCAUCAAGAAGGCCCAGCAGAGGAUGUACUUCCUGCGGCAGCUCAGGAAAGCCAAGCUGCCUGCACAGAUGUUGGUGCAGUUCUACACGGCCAUCAUCGAGUCCAUCCUCACCUCCUCCGUCACCGUGUGGUUCGCUGGAGCCACAGUCAGGGACAAACAGAGACUACAGCGCAUUGUGCGCUCUGCAGAGGAAGUGAUCGGCCGCAGCCUUCCAUCGCUGCAGGACCUCUCACGAGUUCUCACGGGUUGCAAGGGUUCCAAAUACAAGAAUAAACCCUGUUUUAUCUACCUCGUGCUCAUGCUAUUUCCUGAGGGUGCUACAGUGAGAACUCUUCUGCUCCGCAUGGGUAGACGAGACUGUGCCAGCGCCAGGGUGCAGAGGGACGACAGCGCCUCCAUUAACCACGGCCACAUGCACAACAAGCAACUAAAGCGGGAAAUCCAGGUUUCCAAAUGA